CUGGUCACAUUAUCCUCCCUCCGUCUGGAAACAACUGCAGCCUCAGAGCCCCUCUGGACACAGUUCAAUACCCUGAACCAGCGUUGCCUUAGAACUGCACCUGGGUGGCAGCUGUUGCAGACUGCAACACUUACCUGACUGGACCAAGAGGACGUUUCUCUUUUUUCGAGUGUUGACUGGGAACCUUCGUAAGCUCAGGUGUGCCUUUCUGCGCCUUGUAUGUUUUAAAUAUCUUUGGGCUCUUCUCUGCUGCUUUUAUUACUGGAAGAAGGGAGCGACUGCAAGGAAUUUUACGUGAGGUGCUUUCAGCAAAUUUCUCACCUGGACGCUGAGGAGGCAAGCAGGAUGGACUUCCCUUACUUUUGGCUUCUCACCUCAACUCUGAUGUUGAUCCAUCAGCACCAAGCCUCUUCAUUCUCUGUUACGAGCCCCACAGCGGAGGAGGGCCCCGUGGAGCAGCUCCCCCACACGGCCCACCGGCGAGAGAAGCGCUGUUCCUGCGAGAACCAGAAAGACAAGGAGUGUAUUUUCUUCUGCCACAUUGGCAUCGUCUGGGUCAACACCCCGAGCCAUGUGGUUCCUUAUGGAUUUGGUCCGGUCCGCCUCAGAAGGGAACUCGGCCGCUGCUUCUGCACAGACGCACAGGACGCCGAGUGUUUGAGCUUCUGCUCCGUCCCGACACCGGCAGAAGGGGAAAACGCUGCAGCGAAGAGGACGACUGAGACACGGCUGAAGAGAUACAGAGCUGCAUUCUGGGAAAAAAGGAGCCGACACGCACUCAAACACCAGACCUGAGAGAGAGGAGGCACGAUGGAGGUCCUUCACGCAUCAGAAAUAACCAAAUGGACCCUUUAGUUUGUCUUUCUACCUGAUGCCGGUUUGGACGUGUACAGUGUGGGUGUGUUAUGUAAAGUUAACGAUGGGGAAGUAUUAGGAUAGGCGUGCUGACCACUGACAUGCUCAUCUUUAUAACAUUUGGCUGAUGACACACAGUCGAACCUGUGAACUUUCUGUUACCAAUGAUCUCAGCUGAUUUGUAGCACUGAGGGACGGAAAACAUUUCAGCUGCGACCAGAAGUUACACAGCCAGAAAGGUUUUGGUGUUAUAUAUUAUAAAUUCUUCCUGUAAAGUGUCGGCGCAGUCGAACACAGCUCUGUUGUUUUGGGCCAAAAACCUCACAACUCCACAGUGAUGACUCUUUUUCCAGGUUGUAACAGCCUCGAGUUAGUUUAAAUGUUUUUAUGUGGACUGGUGAACUAUGGAUCAUAUGGAGUGUUUGCAUGGACACUUUCAAAUCUCUGCGUUCACAUACAGUCGUCUCAGAAAGGGCUGUCAAAAGACCACAAUUGAAUAUUAGAGCCACAAAAAAAGACUGAGAUUUGAAAAAUAAAGUGAUUUUGAGUCAUAAUUUUCCAGAAAAAGCCAUAAUCUGAUAUUAUGAGAAUAAAGUCAAGAGAAAACAUUGAUAUAUUCCGAGAGCAGGGACGCAUGUAAUGGUUAGGGUAGACUGGAUAACGUGCAUUUCCUAAACUAACUAACUUCUUUGUAAAGUUAUGACUUUAUCUUGAACAGUGUACUCCAAAAUUACUUAUUACUGGCUGAUAAAAGUAACCGGUUACUUUACUGUAGUUUCACAGAAUGACAGCGUAACUGUGGCGCGGGCGGGGGGGCUAUGCACAUGCUAACCUCGACAACCAACUAUAUUCUUACUUUGGACCGGUUUGUGCAUAUAUGAGGGGUACAAUAUGAGUACAAUAUGAGUACAAUAUGUGGCGGUUCUCGUUGAUAAUUAUCCCAUACACUGAUUUAUUUGUAGGCCGCCACAAAUAAAUCAACCCCUUCACCCCUAAACAAAGCAGUCUCUCACCACAGCAGCAAGAAGUGUUUCUUUACGCCAACAGCUGAAAUAAAAUAAAAUAAUAAUAUAACGUUACGUUAACGCCACUCUCUCCUGACGAGUCCAAGCAUCUCUGGCAGGAAUUUCUUUCUGUACGUUUCACGUCGCUGUGCUGCUUCAGCAGAUGCUAACGAGGUAACGCAGUGUUAGAUUUAGACUUAGAUUAGUAAGUGUAAAACCGUAAAAGUGUUUUAGAGUAAUUAGUUACACUACUAGUUAUUGGGAAAAGUAAUAUUACAGUACUGAGUAACACAUUACUGCCUAUUAAUAAUAUUACAACUUUAGUCAAAAUAUUAUUUUGUAAAAUUACAGCUUCAUCUUAAAAUUACAAUUUGUCUUGUAAAAUUGUGACUUUAUAAGUAUAGUGUCAAACAACUUUAUUCCUGAGAUAUUACCAACUUAUUUUCAAAUAAUUGCAACUUUAUCUUGUAAUAGUAUGAUUUCUCAAAAACAGAAACAUUUGUUCUUUAUUUUUAAAGUAUUUUUGUCUGCAGCGGCCUGUUUAUUCUGCGUUGUCUUCUAGAUUUGAACUUUUACGCUGUUGUGACAGGUGUAAUGUAAUCUGAGAGGUUUCUGUCACUGAAAGGUUCAACUCUGAAAUCAGCUCCCGUUUGCAGCGGUGCAAAGACAAGCUAAACGUUCACUGUAAGCUAAAAUAAGUCAAACCAACUUUACUAUGGUGAUUAGGAUUUGUUGAAUAUUACGUCACAUUUGAACCGGAGUUGUGAGGUUUUCACACAACAAGAGUGCCUGUCGGUCAGUCGUCCUGUUCUCGCAGCUUUAGAAAUCUUUGUCUGAAUGUGAUUAAUAAUGUACCCUGGCUCAGUUUAACAGUUUGUUUAAGCAACACAUGGAGAAUCUUUUUAUUUUCACAUGAAAGCCUGUGUGACUGAAUUAUCAUGGUCAGUCUACAGCAGAGAUGUUCUUUUAUAUUGGCCUUAUUGGUAACUUUACUUAUUCCUCCAACAUGUCCAAGUAUCCCUGAAAAUGACCAAAGAGAUGUCAGACUGUAAAACAAAUAUUUAUUUACUACACUGAAGUAUACUCACAAUGUGUAAUCCUCCUCUGAGCAUAAGGAAUAUAUCCAAAAUAAUGUUGAAAUACAUCGUAAAGUACUGCAUGAAGUACACAGCAGUUUAACUCGGUGUGUCAUUAGAGCGGGAGUGCUGGGAAGUGCUGAUCACCUGAGGAGCUGUGAGCUCCAUUACACCCGUCAUAAAACCACAAAACACUCGUCUCCCUCGCACUUUUCUGCAGUACACAUCUCUAGUCCUCCAGGGACUGAUGAUGAACUGAGGUUUCUGUACUUCACAGUAAACAUUUGAUAAAAAAAGGAUUCAGUUGUUCAUGUUAAAGAGUUACAACUCCUACAAAGCUUAGCCACAGAAGUGGGUGUGGGAUGGGAGUCGUAGUUGUUGCUGGGAGAUUCAUGUGUUAUGCAUCACUAAAGACGCAUCUUCACUUGUGCAAAUUCACCUACGAGUCAUGGACUCUAACUGAGGGAAUAGUGCCCCUUGUGUCUAAAACUAUGUGCAUACGGUACAAAAUAUAUUGAUUUGGAACAGAUUGCUAAACUGUGCGCAUGUUUUUUUAGGCGGCCUUUUGAAUUGCAUUUGGCCUUCAAAAUAAAAGUGCGAAAUAAUAAUGAAACCGUUACAAUGGACCAUUUAACUGUCACACCAGCUAAGUGAGUAACAGACUCAUAACUGGAGUAAAAAAAUAUAUCUAACAGCACGUUAGCCAUUGUACAAUUCUUUUCUAAACCCAUCUCCUGGCCUGAAUUUUAUAAAAACUAUUAAGCGUGUCCCGAUCAAGGUAUUUGGUAUCUGCCGGUAAUGACCAGGCCGAGCCAAACAGUUCUCACAAAACACUGACCUGAACAUACAACAAGAUUAACUCUGAGAUCACAAGUAAACUUGUUUUUUAGCAUCAGUUACUAACUGGAUAGGAAUAAAGUUAAAGUGGGAGAAUGUGACUCCUGAAACUGACGCGACCCAACACGUUGUCACUCCCAAGCCAAUGCAUAUGGACGCAUGGUCAAGAGCCUUUGGCGUCAGUUUGAGACGCACUUGGAAGCCUUUCAGCAUAAUUUUUGAACGCUAAAAGUAUUAGUCAAUAAAUCAAAGUAAGGAGGUGGACUGGUGGGCCAUAAACUGGACUUUCACCCAGGAGAUCAGUGUUUGUAACCUGUGUGAAACAAAAAGCCUAUCUUUGGUGCAUAAACUUAACCAAAUUGCGACAUUUCAAAACAUUAACCACUAGUUUUAUUUUGAAAGUCUAAGAGGAUGUUGCCUUUUUGUUAUUGCUGACUUGACCAUGGUGCCCUACACGUGCAAAAACUAUGCCAAAGGAUACCCAGGGCGUUAAAAAGUUUGACCAAGAGUCCAUAUGCGACCAGUUGGGAGUGAGAAUGUGUUGCACGAUCAGCUGACGGUUUACUUGAGUCUUGACUGAACAUUCCCCAAAUAUUUUCUUCCUCUGACAGUUUAACAAUCUGUUUGCAGAUUUCCACAUCAGUAAGAUCCCUGACGGCUCCAUAGAGACAUACUGAUGUUAAAUUUAUUAAUGCCUCUCAGCUCAUGUGUACCUGUCAGCUGUAGUUUCUAGCCCCAAAGGCAGGUCAGAAGUUUAGGUAUUCAGGCCUUUUCUCCUCUUAAAGGUGCACCUAAACGCCACCUGGACCAAACAGAAAUUUGAUUAAAGUAUAGAAUAUAAAUCCAGAGGGAGAAAUAUAAACCUACAAUAGAUUCUCUUCUUCUCCCAGGAUAAAGUGAAAUGAAUUAAUGAGUCUCUUCAGUAAGUGUCCUCAGUGCUUCAUCAUUAUGGAUCUCUUUACAGAAACAUGGUGCUUCCUCGAUCACCAUCAUAACAACACAGGUCUUCUGUUUAUGUACAUGUUUUUAUUUCACACUUGCUUUGGCAAUGUAAGCGUCUGUUCCCGCCAAUAAAACCCCACUGAUUAAAUUUGAAUUGAGGUCAAAGGUCAGAUUCUGUAUCACCUCAGCAGGAUAAAGACGGGGAUGUCGCCUGAAGGCUUUGAACCGCGAUUCAUCCGACUGGGUCCUGAGCUCGGAUAUGUUUCCUUCACGCUCUUUUGUGUUACACUGCACAACUUAUGGAAAACGACGAACUUUAACAAAGGCUGUUCUCCAAACCUUCUCAAGCUGAAUCAGAUAAAUGAAGGAGUUUUGUUGUUGUUUGUUGAAAGCAACGCCCGAGAUCACAUAAUUAAAAAACACAUCACAGUGUUUUUUGUCCUGCCAAAGAGCAGCAGGUAAAUCUCAAUCUUGACUGACAUGAAAAAACAACAUUUAAGAUAUAUUGUUAUUUCAUCAUAUUAUUAAUAUAUAUAUGUGUGAAAUCCUGUUGUUCAUUGCAAGUUGUGGAACAGAACUCUGCCUGAUUUUGUUCACAUCUUCGUCCGCAUGGUCCAUCUGUAAGAAAAGCUUUUGUAGGAUGUUCUGAACGCAACCCCUUUUUAACAUCAUAUAUGUGUUGAUUUUAUUGCAUGAUAUUUAUUUUGUUAUGGAUUUUAUUACUUAAACACAUUAAAAACAACC